AUGGCGUCUUCUACCAAUCGAGCUAUGGCCGAAGUGGAGAUCAGGUCUCUCCUCGUUCGCGAGCGAUACUAUCGUGAUACAAGCCAGUGGAAUAAAUUGCGAGCUUGCUACCACCCAGAUGCUUCUAAAACAAAUAUUGAUAUCUCAUGGUUCCAAGGUGACAUCGAUGGCUUUGUUAUCGGCUCGCAAGGCAUGGUCACCGGCGGUACGGGGGCUAUGCACACAAUCUGUCCCAUUGAUAUCCACUUGAAUGGGACGAGGGCACUUUCUGAAUCAACAGGGUCAAUCUCCAUCCGUUUCCAGCACAGCGGUAUAGAAUAUGACUGCGUUUCCUUUACUCGGUUUAUAUCGUGCCUCGAGCUCGUGCGCGACGAGUGGAAGCUGUUAUCUCUACAAGCGAUCUAUGAUCGGGACACUAUUGUGCCAGUCGUGCCUCGAGAGUUGCAAGAUGUUUCGUUCGUACAGGAUGCAAGGCAGAGCUAUAAGUGUAUUGAUUGGGCUCUGUCUCGGAAAGGGUUCAAAAUUAAGCAAGACUUGCCAGGGACAGAUAAACCUGCUAUGUGUGAAAGGUUGAUGAAGGAGAGAUUGGACUGGCUGAAUAUGCAGUAA